UUAUUAUACAGAUAUAUCACAUUUUGUGAUGGCAAUGGUUCGUGGAGCCCUCAUACUCGUAUUGAUGGCCGUUAUACUGAUGGUCGCCAUCACAAGUGUACAGUUACAGUCUUUUGAAGAUGCUGAAACCAGGAGGUUUAAGCAGAUAGCCGACAUGUUGUCAAUAUCAGACCGUCACGGUUCUGAUUCCUUCAAUGAUUUCAACGACAGGAGUUCACUUGCAGAGGCAGAUGAUGUGCAAGCUUUGCCCCGGCGUCGUCGUAGCGUGCCUAUGCGUGUCUGGCUGUGCGCUUGGAAUUGUCAUGCAGGAGAUUUUGGAAUUAAUGACGCAUAAAAUAUGUUCACUUUGACUGGCCGACAAAUAUGCAAGUAAAUGGAAUAAGUAAAUCUCGGGGCAUUCUUGCAGUGUAACUACGUCAAUUAAUGUCAAAGCGAAUAGUUUUACUGUAAAAUUUACCUACACAUUUAUUUACCUCGUUAUUAAUACAAGCCUCUGCUCGUGAGUUUGUACAUGCAAGUAACAGUCGUUCUUACGACAUGGCAAGAAAAAUCGACUUGCACUUGUACUGCCAUACUAACAUGGAGGAUGUCAUUUUACUUCCUUAACUUGCUCGUUCCAGGGUCAGCCAGCUAAUUCGGAGUUAACCGUUUAUAAAGUACAUUUUAAUCCUGCAUAAAAUGUUAACUCCGAGUUAGUUGGCUAACCCAGAACGCGCAAGUUGCCCUAAGGAACGUAUUUUUGGGAAAAGGUUUCCUAUCAAAAACAAUAUCUUGUAAAAUGUUUGCCAAAACCACAAGGCUCGCACCGUCAAGAUCUCAUGUAGAACAAAGCUUCUAACUUUACACGCCCUAACUUCACAAAAUCUACACGUUCGUUUCGUUUUCUAUGUAAUAACGUGAUGCUUUCUAGAGAAAACUAAAGUGUCGAAUGCCUUGGCCCAGACCUGGACCGUACUACCGUGACCGUGAGGCAUCCUUAUGUCGAGAUAUAAUUCAAAUAAAAUUACAUUUACCGGUAAGUUCAUUUAACCCUAAAUUUUAAUUACUGGAGAGUAGUGGGUGUCCAGUUCUCUAAGAUGUGUAAAAUGAUUGCUAACCUUUCCGAAAACUUUAGCUGCAACAGCAGGUCGAAUGCAGGUUAUGCUGGAUUGCGAUGUAGUGUGCUACGCAUACCGUUAUAUAUAGCGUUCAAUGGUUAAAGGGUUCUCAUGCUCUAUGUGCAUGUGAUAGAAAGCCACAUAAUAUGUUUUGUAAAGCCUUCUAAUUAAUAACAUUUAUUAAAGACAAAUAAGAUCAAGCCGAAAUAAGAUAAUGCAAAGGAUUUAAUUAAAUUUAAUGAAGCAGUUGAAUAAAUUAGAUUUGCCAUUAACAUUUUACAUUUUGGACUGGACUCAAUUUGGGAAUGUCAAUGAAAACGCAAAGAGGUCGAAUAGCUAAAACCAAUCAUUUUCACUCGUUAAUAAAGCUAAGCCUAGACGUGGCCCGACCACGAGUGUGUGUGACGUAGGCUGAUCCCGUACACGGCCCGGCCGCUUCUAAUCGCAGCUACACGGUUAUUCCAUUUGCAUAGCCUGUUACAAUUUGCGUAUCCUGAGAAACGUUAAAUACUAUUGAUCGUGCUAAAAAUACGUUUGUGUCUGCGUUUAG